AUGGCCCACGAGUUGCCUCAUCGAGGUAUGGAGGAGUACGACUCCGUGGAAUCGGACGCGGCGCCCUCUGCCCCGGCGUGGCUCCCCCAUCCUGGGCCGCUGCAGCAAGCGGUGCUGCAUGAGCACUCGAGCACCCACCGGCAGGCCGGGGCCCGAGUGCCCACGACAGGUCGCGGGGAUGCAGUGGUGGACGUGGAGAUUGGCAGUGCCGCCAAGAAGCCCGAUCUCACACCGGGGCAGGGGAUCAAGGAUCAGCCGUGCCGCACUCUAGGCCUGAGGCGCCGGCAUGCCCGCCAGCUGCGGCGCCAGGACCGGGAUCAGAACGGCGUGCCGGUGCCCUCCACCUCCCGGCCCUAUAGCCUGUGUGCCGGCCCCUCGGCCAUCGCCCAGGGCUGCCUGGGGCUGGGCAUGUACUUUUACACCAUCAAGUGGCUCUGCGCGCUGGCCCUCCUCCUGUCCGUCGUGUACAUGUACCCCCUGGUGGACAACCUGGGCACCCAGGGCUGGGCUGCAAGGUACACCCUCCAGCUCGGCAGCGGGGCGAUGUCCUACUCAUGCCUGAAGCCCUGGCGAACCACCAGCUUCGUCACCCGAUCCACCGUCGGCGCAUACUGCUCCGACCCGCGCUUCGCCAGCGCCUUUGACUGCGCGGCCACCUGCAGUGCGGACGACGCCUCGGCCGGCUGCCCCGCGGAUAGCCCUCCGCAGCUCCAGGCCCCACCGCCCCCCGGCGCCCCCAGCCCCGAGGACCCGGCGGACGCGGCGUGCACUGCGCACCAGCCCUGCGGCGACGGCGGCGCCGCCGCCGCCGGCUGCGGCUGUUGCACACUGGCCGUGGACGCGGGCACGCUGCGGGCGGCCCACGCCGUGCCCACCGCGCAGCUGGCCACCUUCCUGGUCGGCCAGGCGCUGACGGGGGUGUGGAUAGCCGCACUGCUGGCGGCCCUGGCCAGAUUCAAGCGCUCCGCGGCGCGCCCCGUCCUCUCCGCCUCCCGCUUCUCGGUCCUGCUGCGCGGCAAGCGGCUGGAGGACGGGCCGCUGGCCGACUGGGCGCGGCAGUAUGGCCCGGUGGCGGCCUGCGCGGUCAUCCCCGCGGUGGGAGGGGUCCUGCGCUGGGGCCGGGAGGCGCAGGCCCUGAGGUUCACCCUAGCGGAAUCGGCCGCGCAGCAGACCCCGCCCCCGCUCGGCGCCUUGAAACGCUGGCUGUUCCGCUGCGCUGCGCUGGGCUGCGCCUCCCACGCGCGCCUGGCCGCCCGCCUGGCACGAGCCGAGCGUCGGGUGGCGCUGUACAGCCAGCCGCGCCACGCCGGCCGGCCCACCGGCUCGGCGCUCGUGACUUUCGAGUACGCGGCACACGCCGACGCGGCCAUCGCCCACGGCGGCGCCGGCGGGGCGGUGGGCUGGGUGCUCGACGCCGCGCACGGGGUGGGCAUCUCCUUCGACAGCUGGGCGGCCUUUGCUGCCUCGGCGGGGGACACGGUGCGCCUGUCCCUGGUGUCCGCCACCGCGGGGCUGGCCGUCGUGGUCGUCAACCUGGGCGUGACGGCCGCCGUGCGCCAGCUAACGCUGCACGAGCGGUGGCCGACACACUCCGCCACCCACCGCUGGCUGGUGGUGCGCCUGGCUGCCGCCUACUGCUUCAACGCCUUUGCGGUGCCGGUGCUGGCGGCCUACGCGUCGGGCAACCGCGCCAGCUGGUUCUCGCGUGGCGGCCUGGUGGAGAGCGCCUUCUGGACACAGCUGGCCAACGCGAUCGUCCUGCCCCUGGCCAGCCUGUUCGACCCCGGGCCGCUGACGCGCGCGCACGCGCUGGCGCGCUGGGCACGCACGCAGGCGGCGCUGGACGCGCUGCUGGCGCCGCCGCCUUUUCCGCUCGCCGAGCAGGCCGCCAACGCGGUCAUGGUGCUGGCGCUGGCGCUGUGGUGGGGGCCGGUGCUGCCCCUGUCCCCCAUGCUGGGCACGCUGGGCCUGGCCGCGCUCUACUGGGCAGACAAGUGGGUGGCGCUGCGCCGCUGUGCCGCGCCGGCCAACUCGCAAGGCGCCGUGGAUGAGGCCACGGGGGUCAUGCUGCGCGCGCUGCCCCUGGUCCAGCUGGUGCUCAUGCGCUACCUCUACUUCCAGGACCACCCUGCCAUCGACGUGGUGUUCUGGGUGGGGCUGGCACUGUGGCUGGCGCUGUCCUUGGUCCCGCUACACACCCUGGUCCCACGCUGGCUGGAGGGAAAGCGGUGCGCAGAGGGGGCAUCGGACGGCGUGGGCCCCGGCGCCGGCGCCAACAGCCCCACUGCGGUCGGCAUGCGAUACAGCGCCGUGCUCGGUGGGGGCCAGCGAGGGGGGGUGGAGGACACCUACAUCCCUGCCAUCCCCGCGGCCUGCCCGCCGGACUUCACCCGCACCCUGCAGGCCCUGUUCCGGCCAGAGGGUCCUGCAAGGGGCCCCUUGGGCAUGGCUGCGUCACGCACUCGUCUUUUCUCUGAGACCGACCUGCCCUGA